CCUCAGAAUUGUCUUCCCUUCUCAAUGCUGUUUCUGGUGUCCACUGAACGAGUCUCCUUGUCCAACCUUGAAGCAGUCGGAAGUUAAACAGAAUCCACUUCAUAUAUUCUUCUUGAAAAUCUCCAUCGUAUAUGUUCAGAACUUUCUGAACAAGCAUAAGGAUUUGAAGGUGCUAAGAAGUAGGGAAGAAGCCCAAAAGACAGCCCAGGUGAGGAGAGGCCAUGGAAUAUCCACCAACCAGAUAAUCGUCGCUGGAAUAAUUGGGAAGUGUCUGAAUGUAGGCUGCAGAAGUCUUGAAGGUUGAUGGAGGGCCAUGCUAUUCAAACAGCAGGUGUGGCUGAGACAGAAGCUCCUGGUGCUGGGAAGCCUUGCUGUUGGGAGUCUCCUGUAUCUAGUCGCCAGAGUUGGGAGCUUGGAUAGGCUGCAACCCAUCUGCCCCAUUGAAGGCCGAUUUGGAGCCCGUGGGCAGGCUGAAUUCCCUCUCCGUGCCCUGCAGUUUAAGCGGGGCCUGCUGCACGAGUUUCGGAAAGGCAACGCUUCCAAGGACCAGGUUCGCCUUCAUGACCUGGUCCAGCAACUCCCCAAGGCCAUUAUCAUUGGGGUUAGAAAAGGAGGCACGAGGGCCCUACUUGAGAUGCUGAACCUCCAUCCAGCUGUGGUCAAAGCUUCUCAAGAAAUCCACUUUUUUGACAAUGAUGAGAAUUAUGCCAAGGGCAUUGAGUGGUAUAGAAAAAAGAUGCCUUUUUCCUACCCUCAGCAAAUCACAAUUGAAAAGAGCCCGGCAUAUUUCAUCACGGAGGAGGUUCCGGAAAGGAUUUACAAAAUGAACUCAUCCAUCAAGUUGCUGAUCAUUGUCAGGGAGCCAACCACAAGAGCUAUUUCUGAUUACACUCAGGUGCUAGAGGGGAAGGAGAGGAAGAAUAAAACUUAUUACAAGUUUGAGAAGCUGGCAAUAGACCCUAAUACCUGUGAAGUGAACACAAAAUACAAGGCGGUAAGAACCAGCAUCUACACCAAACAUUUGGAACGGUGGUUGAAAUAUUUUCCGAUCGAGCAGUUUCACAUUGUGGAUGGAGAUCGCCUCAUCACAGAACCUCUGCCAGAACUUCAGCUCGUGGAGAAGUUCCUAAAUCUUCCCCCAAGAAUAAGCCAAUACAAUCUGUAUUUCAAUGCUACCAGAGGGUUCUACUGCUUGCGAUUUAACAUUAUCUUUAAUAAGUGCCUGGCUGGCAGCAAGGGGCGCAUUCAUCCAGAGGUGGACCCCUCUGUCAUUACCAAAUUGCGCAAAUUCUUUCACCCUUUUAAUCAAAAAUUUUACCAGAUCACUGGGAGGACACUGAACUGGCCCUAAAGUAAUAAAUGAUACAACACCAUGUGUUGUACCUAGAGACACGCAAUGUCUCCUCUAGACUGAAAUAUGCACUUUUCCUAGACACAACUAUCCGAGUCAUUUUUCCAUCUACACUUGUACAUAUGCAGUGUGUGACCAAAUAUAAUAUCAGUUCUUUUUCUACUUUAAAUUUACAAAAGCAAAUUGCUGUCUGCAUAGUUGCAUCUUUUAAACUAGUUACUAAAAGAAGAAGUGGUGGUAUUGGGGAAAGUGACUUCAGCUAUUCUCAAAGAGUUAGUCUUCCUUUGAGUCAGAAUUUGUCACCCGCCAUUUGCAUAAAUUGAAGCCAAAAUAUUAACAUGUGAAGUGUCCCAAUGGCUGUGAGGCUGCAGGAAGCAGAGGGUUCAGUUACGCAUUCUUUUAUAAGGGAAAGCUGGCUUUUCAAUUCAGACGCUGAAUUGGUGCCGUGAAAACUGAAAAUACUAUUUUCUUAUGAUUUAAAAGAAUGUCUUAUCUCAUAAAACUGACAUUGUUCCAAAGUUCCUGUGGUGAUUUUGCACUAUUGUUUUCUUGUAUGGACCAUGGUGUCACUUGUAGCAUGUCAAUCAUACUUUGGAAAGUCGAGUCCUUUACUUCCAUGUUCUAUGUCAACACAGAGAAAUGUCAUGUACAUAAUGUAUACUACUGUAAAUACUGGUUUCACACUAAGUAAUUCUAUUUUGUAAACUGAAUAUGGCUAUUUAAUUUAUUGUGAAAAUUAAAUCUAUUGUGGUAUUUAAACAUGGAAUGGAUUAAAAUUACUCUAUGUGCAAUUUAUUUUUUAACUUAUUUUGUUUUAUGUGCCCCGUUGGCUCUUCAAAGCAAAGCUGUUCCUGUGCAGAUGGAGCGUGCCUGGGAACGUGCACUUGUCCGUUGGAUUUCUGUGCCCUUGUGAAAAUGUAUUUAUGAAGUGAGGUUGAGUACCUAUUUUUUUUAAAUCCCAACUAUCAGGAAAUCUAGUACAAUAGCCACCUCAGAGAACACUAGUGCCGCUCUGCCACAACUUUGUAACAAUUAACUGACUUGCAGAUGCUGCUGUGCCAGGGGAAAGACAAGAACUACUUGAACAUGAUCGAUGCAGAGAAGGAUCACAAUUAUAUUUGAACCUCUAAUAAGAGUCAGACCGGUAACGAGACAGAGUGAAAUAAGAUUAGGGAACGUGUGUGGCCUCCAUACUGAAAGCUGCUAAUGCUUCAAAACUGAACACAAACUCUCAGAACUCGCUCUCUGAGAUGAGAAUACCGUCAGUAUGCUCAGAAAUGCUCAGAUUGCAUCGUGUUGUUAUUACUAACAUAAAAAUAUGGCUCGAUUUUCAUCCAGAGAAAUUAAUACUGAAUUGUGUGCUUGCUAACAUCAGAUAGGCAGUACCUGCUUACUCAAAGUUCAGACAACCAUGGACGGAGGUUGGAAAGAGGUACCCGAAAAGUAGAUGGGUUUUUCCCAAUCCUGAUGGCUUCCCCACUGGAAGAUAUUUGAGAGUUCGGUUCAACGGCACACUGAGAGUGCCUAGAGAAAUCAACAAACUACAAUGGCUUCCUUUUUCAUUGUAACAAGUGUUGAUUUUCUCCAUGAGUUGUUUUUCAUGUCCAGUGAUUUGAUGGUGAACUUUUUCAAAUAAACAGCCCUUUCCCCGCC